AGAGACGUUAGCGACGGAGCGUCUUUACCAACGUUGGCACCCUGGCAACAUUUAAUGAGCUAUUAUGAAGCUUGCUUGUCAUAUGCCUAUUCUAUAACAUACAUAACUUAUUAUAGUUCAAAUGCUUUAGUCUUUUAUCGCUGAACUUCACCUGGAGACCAGUUGAAACUAGACCGCUGAAGACAUAACAGAAGAUGAGUUUCGAGGCAAAGCGAUGUGGAGUACAGUUCAGUCCUCCCGCUAUAGUUUUAAUUUAUGAACACAAGGAAACUAAACAUGUGCGAAAAAGAAUAAUACCUGUGCGGAACUUCUCAAAAUAUUCUGACUAUAGCAUGGCUGCAGAAAGGCUGAAGAACCACACUCGGCACAGGGACUAUCUGGAGGGUGUAUCCCAGAGCCAGCUGGAGAAGCUUCACAUCAUCCUGCGAGAUCACAUGCAAGGCUUAAGCUUGGAGCACAGCUUGGCCUCGUUUCGCCUGGACCCUGACGAAGACCUGAACAAACUGGACGACAAGGAGCUGGCUCGCAAGAAGGGCCAAAUGGAUGAACUGUUUGAGAAGAACCGGAGGCAGAAAGAUGAUCCUGACUUUGUUUACGACCUGGAAAAGGAUUUCACCAAACCCACCCAAGAAAAGUGCAGCUGGGAUGACGUGUCCGAUGAUGGAUUUUAAAACUCUGUUCCUCAAUAAUUUCUCUGACUUUUCAGACUGCAAAUCACCCGACAUAAAAUCUGACACAGCUGAAGUUUACUACAAUUACCAUCUAAAGUCAUACAUAGCGCUUCACAAAAUAUCUUCUUACAUACAGUAAAGUACAUACCCUUGUUGCAGUAUAUUAGGUGCACAUAUCUAAAACUACCAUGCCUCAUGGAGGAUAUAAUAAUAAAACAUCUGACUUAUAUAGUACUUUUCAGAGUUUUCAAAGAGACUUUAUUUACUGUAGGAUAAAAAUAAAAGCAGUUAACUUUUUUAUAAAGACAGAAAAAUAUGAGUUUUUAUUGAAACUGUUUUAGAGAGGUCUGGAUUUAAUGGUAUGCUCAUUUUGGCAGCAUUUUUACAUCAAAUAAUGGUAGACUAAAUAUUAGAAACACCACUCAGUGCAGUGCAAUUCAACAACACUGCAGAUGCAAGCAUCCAAAAUGUCCAUGAAGUUGAACUACAACAGCUUUAACAAACACUGAACAUUAUAACCUUCAUAAAAAGGUCAAAUUUACUGCUGGACUGUUGUAUUAGACUUAAUGUGUUGUAGUUAGUUAUACCUAAUACACUUGGUGCAUGUGUCCAUGGUUCUGGCAACAAAUAGAGCUUUUGAUAUGAGUAGAAGUGGAUAGUUAGGAAAUGCCACAACAGCUACAGUGGCUGAACAGAAGAAUAAAAC